AUGAAUUACCUUCUUCUGGGAAUCUUACUCUCCAUAUCGGGGAACCUUUUGAUUUCCAUCUCCAUCAACAUCCAGAAACAGGCGCAUCUGAACCUCGGAUCCCAGCAUUAUGCCCGCAACCUGAAGUGGCAGUUCGGCUUCAUCCUAAUGACCCUCGGAGAAGUAGGCAACUUUGUCAGCUACGGACUCACCCCCGUGAGUAUCGUGGCGCCUCUGGGAGUUGUCACCAUCAUCUCCAACUCCACCUUCAUCGCUCCUGUGCUGUUCCACGAAACCAUCCGUGCUCGAGAUCUUGCCGGAACGUUUCUGAGUGCUGCCGGGGUGGUUCUCAUGAUUCUGGCCUCAGUCAACGAUAAUCAGCCCCCACCCAUUACCGACUCAUUCGCCUACAUCGACGCCAUCGUCCUAUCCAAGCCAUCCCUCAUUUACCUCGCAUCCACAGCCGCAAUCAUCUUUUUCCUAGUCAUCGAAUUACGCAACCUUCAAAGAUCAAUUAAAUAUAUCCUUUUACAUCUGUCCCUCGUGGCCAUUUUCGGCACAUACACAGCCAUCUCCACCAAACUGCUUUCGCUUGUGGUGGAGUUCAACCCAAUCACCAAGACGCUGCUCAAUUGGCGGCCAUACGUGCUUCUGGUGGUUAUUACCGUCACCUCUGCGGUGCAAAUUCACUACCUCAAUUCGUGCUUGAAAAUAGCAAACGCUACCACAGUGGUGCCCAUCCACUUCGUGUUCUUCACAACUGCAGUGAUGUCCUGCUCGAUCGUGGUGUUCAACGAUUUCGCAGAUAAGUCUCCCGGCCAGUGUCUGGUUUUUGCCGGUGGUGCAUUGCUCACGUUCUCAGGAGUAUUUUUCAUAUGCGGCGGAAAGGCAACCAACGUUGAUCAGGAGCAGCAGACCCCAUUCGAUCCCGAAACAGAGCCUCUACAGGCUCCAUGCAGCUCGGAACAGUCGUCCAUAGUAUCUUCUGACGAGGAGCUACCAAACAACCGUCAUCUAAUCCAAACGUCAAAAUCCACUCCCGAGCUGAACAGAGCAGCUAGCCCCGGAGUGUUCAAACCGUCAUACUCUUCAAACAACGUCGCAAAUAGACACAAUAGCUUUUUGGAAGUCACCAGACCCACGCACACCAUUGAAACGCGAAACUUUAGAGACCUCGGGUACGGCUAUUUUGUGCUUAGCGGGGGCGGUGCGUUGUUAAAUGCCAUUAUCAACGACCCGUCAGAGACAGUCGAGUCCCAAAACCUGGUGUGA